AUGACAAGAAUUCAUAAUAGGCUCAAGGCAACCAGAGAGUGGGUUACCCCACUACCACCGUUGUUGUUAGCCAAGUUGAAUAAGAAUAUUAAAUCUGCUAGAAAUGUGAGGAUUCUUCAUGCUAGUCUGAUGGAGUUCGAAGUCAUUGAUAUGUCUGUUUUGCCAAGUGGAACAUACACAUUGGAUCUUCAAAAGAGAAGUUGUGAUUGUGGCAUAUGGCAGAUUUCUGGUGUCCCAUGUCAACAUAUAGUGUGCUUCAUACUGCAUAUGAAUUUUUCUUUAUUUGAAUUAUUUGUUGAUGAGAAACUCAGAAUUCUAGCAUAUAUGACAACAUAUAGUGGAAUAAUUCAUCCAGUUUCAGAUAAAAGGAAUUGGCCUGCCCCCUCUGAAAGCAAGCUGCUCCUACCCCAUAAACAACCAACCUGUGGCAAGGCAAGAAAAAUGAGAAGAAGAGACCCUGAUGAAUGA